CCGAUCUUUUUCUCCAAGAGGCCACAAUGUCUAUGGAAUUAGCAAAUUAUCAGACCAGUGAAAGGUCGCCCCUUCCCGUGGUUAUUAUUGGUAAUGGCCCAUCAGGGAUUUGUCUGUCCUACUUAUUGUCUGGAUAUACUCCAUAUGUGAAAGAGGGAGCUGUUCAUCCCAAUCCAUUGUUACAAAGGAAACUAGAAGAAUUCCCUCAUGUUCCUAUCACACAACAGGAUUUGGAGUAUUUGUCUGAGGGUUUGGAAGGACGCUCCAGCAGCCCAGCCGCUCUGCUGUUUGACACUCUGCUCAGACCUGACACUGAUUUUCUUGGAGAUGUGGAAUCUGUGCUGAGCUGGACUCUAGAGCCAGAGAGAGCAAUUCCUCACUUGGUUCUGGGGAGAGGACCACCAGGAGGCGCUUGGAAUGCCAUUGCGGGAUCCAUGAUUACUCUAAGCCGCGGGGACUGGAUGGGCCUGCCUGAUCUUUCAUUUCAAGACUGGAUGAGGAUGAAAAGGAGGAACCUCCGAAAUGAUAGGUCCACUGCAGGCGACAUCUUGAACUAUUACCAAUACUAUGUAAAGAAUAAAAUACUUCAGAACAACUUUGUCUCAGGGGCUGUUGUCAACUCUGUUGUAAGAAUGAACGAAAGUGAGGAGCAUUUACCAGAGAACAAGAGCAUCUUCCAAGUGAGUGGCUUCAUCAAGAACAAUUCAGGAAUCAAACAGAAUUUCUGUGUCUAUGCAAAGAAUGUGGUUCUGGCCACAGGAACAUAUGAUAGCCCUUUAAAAUUGAGUAUCCAAGGAGAAGAUCUUCCUUUUGUGUCCCACCAGAUCUCUGCUCUUGAAGAGGCUGUGAAGACAAAAAAAGUCCACCAAGACUCAGACCCAGUACUGAUCAUAGGCGCAGGGCUGACAGCUGCAGAUGCCAUUCUGUUAGCGCAUCACUACAACAUCCCCGUAAUUCAUGCCUUUAGAAGACGGGUUAAUGACCCAGGACUCAUUUUCAACCAGUUACCUCAGGUUAUGUACCCAGAGUACCAUAAGGUGUACCAAAUGAUGAAAGAACAAUCUGUCUUUCAAGGUGGACCAUAUGAAGGUUACAUGAGCCUUCCUGAGCACCAUGCAGUCUGCUUUAAUGAUAACAAGAAAUGUAUCUUCAGGGAUAAAUGUGGACAACACAAGGCAUUCAGUGUCUCCAUGAUCCUAAUUCUUAUUGGUUCCAAACCUAACUUGUCUUUCCUUCCAAACAAUGGCAAGUACCUAUCUCUGGACACCGAGCAGCCAUUCAGCUCUAAAAGGAACCCACUGGAGAUCGAUCCAUUCACCUAUGAGUGCUUACAGGAGAAAGGCCUGUAUGCAGUUGGACCUCUGGCUGGUGACUAUUUUGUACGUUUUGUCCAAGGAGGCGCUUUAGCUGUUGCCAACUCUCUGCUGAAAUCUCAGAGGAGACCUCCUUAAUAUUAAACAUGUUGUUUUGUAAUACCAAGAGCUGUAUCACAUCUCAGCCAUAGCACUGGCAAAAAAGACAUUCUAGUGUGCAAUAAGACACAAGCAGAAUGCCCUAGCCAGCACUACAGCCAGCCAAAUGCAAAUCAUUCCACCUUAGAUGAAGGCACUUAUGCUGCUGUUGUUUUUUCACUUUAGAUCAGCAAUGCAUUGAUAUUUAUAAGC